AUGGCCAGUCAUAUCAUUGGCAACCGCAACAGCACCCCUGAAGCCUCGAACUCGAGCCUUCGUCCUCCUUCCUCCUCGCGGAGCAAUCUCGGAACUCACCAGCUGCGGGCGUCGGCAGACAUGUCCGGAUUCCCGUCGCCGCUGUCCGCCCGAAGCAUCCGUCCUGCGUCGGAGGUCUUCUACAACCAGCAAACUCAGGGUCAGAAUGCGACGGAGGAUGCUCUGGACCGUGCCGCUCAACAAUGGCUCUCGGAUAUUGAUCAGUAUCAGACUACACUGGAGGAGAUGGCAGCUGCCACGCUUGACCAGGAUUUCAAGGAUGAACUCAGUGCCAUCGAGCAGUGGUUCCAUGUGCUGAGCGAAGCCGAGCGGACUGCAGCUCUCUAUGCUUUGCUUCAGCAGACCACUCAGGUGCAGAUUCGUUUCUUCAUCCAAGUCCUGCAGCAGAUGGCCAAGAGCCACCCAAUGGCCAACCUGCUCUCCCCUGCCAACUUCAACGAGAAGGAUGCAAUGUCCAACCGUUUGACCGACGCGAUGUCGAAGAUGAACAUUGAGCCCUCUCGCAACUCCCUCGGACGUCCUCCGCCAUCCCCGGGCGCGAACCGCAAUUCGGGUCUCGAUCAGUCCACCAUUAAUGCGAUGUUCCCGGAUGCUGCCGCCGCCAUUGCGAAAAAGAAGGCCGAGUUCACCCAGCAAACUGGCAACGCGCCUCCCUCGAACCGCAACAGCGCCGUCUUUGACCGCGCGUCGUUCGUGGCGCCAACCAUUUCGGCCCCGGACAACAACUCGGACAGCCUGGGCCAUGCGCCUGUCUCCCAAUGGGCUCAGCGUGGUGCUACAGACGCGCAGCCUCCGAUUUCUCGCCCGAAGUCUUCUUCCGGACACCAGCCUAUGGGUCAAUUCACCCAGUCAGGCAUGCGUUCGCCGCUUCCUCAGACUGCGAACAACCCUGGUCAGGAUGUCGAGCCGCCCUUGCUUUCGCCCUACAACGUUGGCAACCACAGCUGGGCGUCGAUGACCAACACUCCGAUGACCGCUACUUUCGGUCAGCAAUCGCACCAGAACGCCAGCCACCAGGCGGACAUGGCCAAUGCCACGGCCAUGAAGCUUGCUGCUCUAUCUACCGUCAACAAUCGCAUUGCUCUCGAUGAUGCACGGAAGUAUCGUCGUGCUCGCUCUAAUGACGGCCAGGGCAAGAACGCGCAUGGAAACCCGACUCUCUCCCAGGGCCUGGCUAGCCCAGGCCUGGUUGGACAGCACUUGGGCGCGGGUCAACUUCUGAACCCUCAGCAGCUGGCAGCUUUGCAGGCUCAGCAACAGGCGGCCAUGGCCGGUAGAGGGUCACGCCCGACCUCGCCCGGUAUUGCUAUGCACGGUGGUGGCUUGGCCCCGAUGGGUUUCACCUCGCCGCAGAACAAUGGAUUCCUGGCGGCGUAUGAUCCGAACAACCCUCUCAUGAACAAUGGACUGGGUUCGUUGAACAUUGGGCAGUUCGGUCUGGGUAGCGAAGGCUAUCUCUCGGACCACUCGGAGGUUACUCGUGGCCGCUCUCCACGGGGCCGCCGUGGCAGCUCGAAGCCCCCCGAGGACCCCACUGACCCGGCUCUUCUGAAGGAUAUCCCCAGCUGGCUGCGAUCCCUCAGGCUGCACAAGUACACCGACAAUCUGAAGGACCUGCAGUGGACCGAACUGGUUGAGCUGGAUGACAAGGCGCUGGAAGAUCGUGGUGUCAACGCACUGGGUGCUCGUAACAAGAUGCUGAAGGUCUUCGAGCAGGUCAAGGAAGCCCGCGUGGACGGCAAAUUCGAGAACCUGGUGUAA